UGGGGAUGUGGUCCUCCGAGCAACAGAGUGGAGCGGAGGACAGAGAGCAGCAGAGACCUUUUUCCUCUGGGCUCUAACAUGGAGUCAGAGGUUAUAAAUGCGCGCAGAAACACGCACGGCUGAGCUGAACCCAGACGGACACAGCAUGGCUCCGUGGCUGCUGCUGGCUCUGGGGGUCUUCCUGGCGGGGGCAGCCGGUGGGCUGAGGCCGGACAGCGGCUACUGCAUCGGGACCCAGUGCUUCACGGCGUUCCGGGACCCCAGCAGCUUCAGAACCGCGCAGCAGGAAUGCGGAGGCCGCGGAGGUCACCUGAUGACGGUGCGCUCCUCCGUGUCUCAUGAUAUUCUCUCUAUUCUGCUGGGAAACUUUACCGGGAGGUUCUGGAUCGGUCUACACCGACCCACCGGCUGCCCAGAAGAGGCGGCGGCGCUGAGAGGCUUCCGGUGGGUCACCAACGACACCGAGAGCGACUUCUCCAACUGGCCUCCGGGUUCCGACAGCAGCUGCUCCUCCGGUCGCUGCGUGUCGGUUUCACACGAGAACGACCUGAAGUGGAUCCAGGAUCCUUGCGGGGAGCGCGCGGCCGGGUUCCUGUGUGAGCACAGCUUUAGUGAGAUGUGCAGAACUCUGGCAGCGGAACCGGGACAGUCCGUUACCUACCGGACCCCGCUGGGGUUCGGAGGAGAGGAUCUGCUGGCUCUGCCUCCUGGAAGCACCGCGGUCCGGAUCCCCUCUGAGCAGAAGUUCCUGUGCUUCUCUGAGAACUGGCUGGAGGCUCCGUGGAACUGUGAGAUCCUGGAGGGCGGCUGUGAGUUCCGGUGCGCCGUGGACCCGAACCGGGACCCGUCCUGCUACUGCCCGGAGGGUCGGACCCUCAACACGCACAACAGACUCACCUGUGAGGAGCACGUCGCGGACGACCCGUGCGCGGCCCUGCGCUGCCAGCACGCCUGCUACCCGGAGGGAGACUCGUACGCGUGCACGUGUGACCAGGGCUUCCAGCUGGCCGCGGACGGAAGGUCGUGUGUGGACUUCAACGACUGCAGCGACCAGCGGCAGUGUCCCGGGGACAACUUCAUGUGCGUGAACACGCCGGGCGGGUUCCAGUGCGUGUGCGCGGCUGGAUACAAGAAGAGCGGCGCGCUGUGCGUGGACGAGGACGAGUGCGUGUCCGCGCCGUGUGAGCACAUGUGCACGAACACGGCCGGGAGCUACAGAUGUUCCUGCUACGACGGAUAUCGGCAGAACCAGCACGAACCCAGCCGGUGCGCGCGCCACUGCGGGCGGGAGGAGUGCGCGGCGGAGUGCGACCCCAACGACCGCUUCCAGUGCUUCUGUCCGGAGGGCUACAUCUCCGAGGAGAGGGGCAGCGACGUGUUCUGCAUCGACAUGGAUGAGUGCUCCUUCCACUACUGCGACCAGGAAUGCUCCAACACCUUCGGCAGCUACGUGUGCGCGUGCUCUCCCGGGUACUCCCUCGUGGAUGAGUUCCGAUGCGUAAAGACCGACGACGAGGACUCGGAGGGAGGACCGGAGGGCUCCGGGAUGACCGCAGCUCCAGACGGACCCACCGACCUCCCGGUGCCGUUCCCGGGUCCCACCAGGCGGCCAUCCGGGGUCCCGGUGGGGGGCCUGGUGGCCAUCAUAGUCUGCACCGCCGCCUCCACCCUGCUGCUGGUCCUGCUGGUCCACUACUUCUGCAGCCGCAGGGAGAAGAUGGAGAACCAUGGAGAACUGAAAGCCUCAGAGGAGGAAGCUCACGGUCUCCAUCAGGUGGACAGUAGAGCUUCUUAGAGGAGGAAAAGUCUGAAAGACACAAAGUUUAAAGACGACACGUGAAUGUAGAGACAGAAAAACUGGAGAAGAAGCCGCUGGACCUCUAUAGUCCACCAGAAAACAGAGAUAUUCUACAGAAACCACCAGAAAACAGAGAUAUUCUACAGAAACCACCAGAAAACAGAAAUAUUCUACAGAAAUAUUCUACAGACAUCAGUCAGUUUUUCUCUCUUGAAGCUUUUAAAAAACAGAUUAAAUGAAAAGAACUUUAAUAAUAAAGUGUGCUGGGAUCUGAAUAAAUUAUCUAAAUGAAA